AUGGGUUCACAUUUUGCAAAGCCCUGGGUAUAUGUUUGGUUUUUGGGUGUUUGUGAAGAGUCUGGUAUAUCAUUCAGACAUAAAAAGAAUUGCGGUCAAGGCUAUACUGGUGGAUAUAGAUUUCGUGCAGGUUCCUCAUCUCCUGUUCACCGUAGAGAUGCAGAUCAUCGCUUCACUUCUGACUAUAAUCACUUGUCACGAAACCGUGGAUAUGGUGGCGGGAGAGAUCCUGGCAGAUAUCGAGACCCUCCACACCCGUAUGCUCGAGGUAGAGCAGGCGGCAGGCCAUUUGGUAGAGCUUUUGAUGGGCCUCGCUACAACCAUGGUCAUGGUCAUGCAAGAGGGGAAGGCCAUGGUAGAAACAAUCCUAAUGUGCGUCCUAGGGAGGGAGAUUGGAUGUGUCCUGACUCAUUAUGUAGUAAUCUUAAUUUUGCAAGGCGUGACUUUUGUAACAACUGUAAGAGGCCUCGUCCUGCUGUUGCUGGAAGUCCUCCCAGGAGGGGUUCUCCACCACUUCAUGCUCCUCCUAGACGCUAUCCUGGACCUCCAAUUGACCGUUCCCCGGAAAGGCCUAUGAAUGGCUACAAAUCUCCUCCUCGUCUGAUGGGAAGGGAUGGCCCUAGAGAAUAUGGAUCAGCUGCUCCUUUGCCACCCCUCCGACACGAAGGUAGGUUUCCAGAACCCAAUGUCCAUAGAGAGCGUAUUGAUUACGUGGAUGAUGCCUACAGGGGGAGAAAUAAGUUUGAUAGGCCACCUCCAUUGGACUGGGAUAAUAGAGAUCGCGGCAGAGACGGUUUCUCCAAUGAAAGGAAAGGAUUCGAGAGAAGGCCACUGUCACCACCUGCACCUCUUUUGCCGUCAAUUCCUCCCCAUCGCGGCAGUGGCGAUCGGUGGACUCGGGAUGCGAGAGAAAGAAGCCGUUCUCCCAUGAGAGGUGGCCCACCAGCAAAAGACUAUCGCAGGGAUAAUGUCAUGAACCGUGUUGGAGGAAGAGAUGAUAGGCGUGGUGGCGUUGGACGAGACAGACUUGGAGGAAUGUAUUAG